AUCGAGAUGGCGCAAAAUUCCGAUGUAGUGAAGCAGGCGAUGUUCGAAGAGUUGGAAAAAAUACUAAGCUCCGACUCGGAGCAACUAAAAUCCGCUGAAGCACGGUUGGCGCAGCUCAAGUUUACGGAAUGGUACGGUGUAAUCUUGGCCGAGUUUACCAUUGAGCAACAGAUGGACAUCGGAAUCCGGCAACUGGCCUCGGUGAUGCUGAAACAGUACGUCGACGAUUGCUGGGCCGACGGUGGGAACGGCGAUGAAGACGACGACGUGUCGGCACUCGGCACAAUGCCAAGCGAUUCCGCGGCGGGUUUACUGCUCGUUAACGAUGAAGCUAAGCGGCGGAUAAAGCAGAUUCUACCGGAAGGACUGUACGACACGAAUAGCAAGAUUCGGUCAGUCGUCGCCUACUGCAUCGCAAACAUCGCCCUUUACGAUUGGCCCGGUGACUGGCAGGAACUGUUUGAUGUGAUCGUCAAGUGUCUGAGCGGAACGGAAAACUCCGUCGACGGGGCUAUGAAGGUGCUGGUGGAGUUUACGCGCGAGCUAGACAAGCAGGUGGGAGAGGUGGCACCACUGAUACUGUCGGAAGUGUACCGGAUCUUCACCGCGGACACGGUGUACAGUGUAACCGCCCGGAAGUAUGCGGUCGAAAUACUUUACGCCCAGUUGCGUAGCAUCAACAUACACAUUGAGACGCGCCAACAAAAGUCGCACAUUCUGAAUCCGGUUUUGCCGAACUUUAUGCAGCGCAUGAUCGAGGGCCUAACGGCGCCGAAUGGGACGCACAGCAGCUUUCAGUUGAAAACACAAAUCAUUAAAGUCCUUCAGUACAUGAUUUCCGACAUGUCCAAGUUUGUGCAACCGUAUCUCGGUGCGAUCCUUCCUACCAUUUGGCAGCUGCUUACGCAACUGGCCGAUUUCUACGUGAAAGUGGUCGUCAACGAGCUGGAAAGCGGACCAUUCAAUGGCACCGAACAGGAGAGCGACGACGAAACGGACGAUUUCGUACAGAUGAUCCUGCAGAUCUUCGAGUUCGUGCACACGAUCAUUGAGAUGAAGAAGUACAAGGCGGCGAUCGCUAACGUGCUGACCGAUCUCGUGUACAUCACACUCCUGUACAUGCAAAUCACCGAGGAGCAAGCCCAACAGUGGCUAGAGGACGCAGAAAAGUUUGUCACCGACGAGGACGAGCAGGGCGUUGAGUUUACGAUCCGUGUGACGGCCCACGAUGUACUGCUGAUCGUGGAACAGGAGUACGGUAAGCAGCUACUGUCCUGCUUCACGGAGGCACUACGGAAGCACAGUGCCGUGGCGGAGGUGGAUCGAAAUGCGGGCAACCCGCACUGGUGGAAGAUACACGAGUCUUCCAUGCUGGCCGUUGGCACGUUCAAGGAGCUGAUUGUGGGAAGUGGUGCCUCCGGAGGCUUCGAUAUGGGUCAGUACUUGGUGCUGGUUAAAAUGUUGAUGGAAAGUCACGCCUCGCCCUACCUGUUGGGGCGCUGCCUGUGGCUUCUGAGUCGGUUCUGCGACUGUGACGUAUUGCGUCAACCUUUCAUGGAGCAGAUCGUCGAAGUAACGUACGACAGUUUGGCACUCGAUAAACCGAUUGUGCUUCGAAUUAUGGCCGCACGGGGCGUUUAUGGACUUUGCACGCACCUCAAAUCGACCGCGGAUGAGCGGCAGAUGCUGAUGACAUCGAAACUGGAACACUUUCUGGACGGAUUGGUUCCCCUGUUCGAGCAGAGCCAAAACACCGCCGUGUGCAUGUUGCUGGAAGUCUUGAAUGCCGUCAUAUCGUUCGAUGUGAAUGUAACGGCCAGAAUGUGCCCAAAGGUGAUCAACCUAACGAUGGGCGCUUUCCUAAAGUACCACGAUGAUCGCGUUCUCCUCGACAUGGUGCAGGACGUGUUAAAAGUUCUGUCGCAGAACCCAUUCUGUCUGCUGCCGCUACAAGAUCGCAUUAUCCCGACGAUCGUGAGUAUUCUCAGCAGUGAAGGAACCAAUCCGACGCUCGCGCCGGACAUCGCGCUCGAUGUGCUGCAAACGCUCGUCAAGUACUCGCAGGGACCGCUCAGUGAGGCGAUGAUCGAAAACGCGUUUCCCGCGGUCGUCCACUGUAUCAUGCGGUCGGAGGACCACUCGGUAAUGCAGGCCGGUGGCGAGUGUUUGCGAUCGUUUCUGACCGUCGCCCCGGAACAGAUCGGCCGGUAUCGCAAUGGGGAAGGGCUAAACUAUGUUGUGCAGGUCGCCACCAUGCUACUUAAUCCGAUGAACACCGAAUCGACGUCUUCGUUUAUCGGACGGCUUGUGAUCACAAUCAUCACCAAAGUGGGCAGUUUGCUCGGCGAUUCCGUAGAUCUGCUGCUGAAGGCGGUCAUCAGCAAAAUGCAGUUGGUGCAAAGCCUGAACGUCAUCAUGAGUUUGGUGACGAUCUUUGCGCACCUCAUCCUGCUGCAGCGCGAUGCGGUGCUAAACUUUCUCAGCACCGUCCCAGGGCCCACCGGCGAAACGGCCAUGUCCUUCGUGCUGGCCAACUGGCUCAGCCGACAGCAUCUGUUCUACGGACAGUACGAGCGCAAAGUGACCACGUUGGCACUCUGUAAGUUGUUCGAGCACGGUGUAACCACGAUGGAUGACCGGUUGAACACGGUCAUGAUCAAGGAGCAAGUGCUGAGCACCGCAUCAUCAUCCACCGAUGGACGCCGGACCACACGUUCUGCGACGGCCAAAAUUCCCACCGUCUGGGUGGACACUCCGGUGCUGGUCAAAAUAUUCAAACUUUUGCUACACGAGGUGGCCAACCUUCGGGAGGCGAAAGAUGCGCGCGAGAAAGGCCUCGAUAGUGGAGCCGAUAGUUCCAGCGAUGAAGACACCGACGAUACGAGUGGCGAUGGAUCGAAGGUCCCUUCGUUAGCGGGUCUGCUGAACUUUUCCGAAGGUGAAGACGACGAGGAAGACGAGGACGACCGGCAGCUGAUGGCGGAACUGAUGAACGAUCCGAUCUUCCAGUGCGAAACCGCCGAAUAUUUAACCAAAUUCAUCGAGAGCUUCAGCAAGCACGAGAAUUUCCGCGCCUUUCUCGAGAAAAUCGACGAGAUGGAGAGGGAGAUUUUGCAGGGCUUCAACAUCUCUCUGCUGUAAACCAUUUGCUGCCUGCUGUUCUGAACAGCCGUCCUUCAUUAUCCCCCUCCCCGGCCACAAGAGCUCCGAAGAGCAAAA